CUGUCACUUUGUUAUUCAGCCUUCCAGCGGCACCAGAAGGAGUCAUUUCCUGAGGGUAGGCUCUGUGCAAUCGGAGUCGAGGGUUGUCUUCGCCGGGAGCUGGCCGGGGGGCGCUGAGCAGGUCACUCUGCCUGGAGCGUGAGAAACAAGGGGCAGAAGGUCUCGGGGAGACUUGGGGGAUCUUCCUGGCUGGUGAGGCCCGUUCCAGUCUGAUCGCAGGGGUCAGUAGGAGUUGGGGCCAAGAAACGAAGAAGAAUUGGGGGCCAACAGACAGACCACUCUGGUCCGCCCCGAAAAGAAGCCUCGGAUACUCGCCCUGAGGUGGCCCGCACGCCUUCGUUCCAGUAACCUCAGCGUGGGGAUCCCUUUAGCCCCAUUCCCGAGCCCGGACGCCCAGCCUGCGCGGUUGGCCUUGGGGGACACUUCGGAAAGACCGGGGCAGCUGGCCUGGAGCUUAGCGCCAGGGCGUGUGCCAUGGCCCCGCACUGGGCCGUCUGGCUGCUGGCAGUGGGACUGUGGGGCCUGGGCAUUGGGGCUGAGGUGUGGUGGAACCUGGUGCCCCGGAAGACGGUAUCUUCUGGGGAGCUGGCCACAGUGGUGCGGCGCUUCUCCCAGACGGGCAUCCAGGACUUUCUGACGCUGACCUUGACUGAGCAGACCGGGCUCCUGUACGUAGGGGCCCGGGAGGCCCUGUUUGCCUUCAGCGUGGAGGCUCUGGAGCUGCAGGGAGUGAUCUCAUGGGAGGCGCCAGCUGAGAAGAAGGCCGAGUGUACCCAGAAAGGGAAGAGUAACCAGACGGAGUGUUUCAACUUCAUCCGCUUCCUGCAGCCGUAUAACGCAUCCCACCUGUACGUCUGCGGUACCUACGCCUUCCAGCCCAAGUGCACCUACAUUGACAUGCUCACCUUCACCCUGGAACGUGGCGAGUUCGAAGAUGGCAAGGGGAAGUGUCCCUAUGACCCAGUUAAGGGCCACACCGGCCUCCUUGUGGACGGGGAGCUGUACUCGGCCACGCUCAACAACUUCCUGGGCACGGAGCCCGUCAUCCUGCGGAACAUGGGGCCGCACCACGCCAUGAAGACGGAGUACCUGGCCUUCUGGCUCAACGAACCGCAUUUCGUGGGCUCCGCCUACAUCCCGGAGAGCGUGGGCAGCUUCACGGGGGACGACGACAAGGUGUACUUCUUCUUCAGCGAGCGCGCCGUGGAAUACGACUGCUACGCCGAGCAGGUGGUGGCCCGCGUGGCCCGAGUCUGCAAGGGCGACGUGGGGGGCGCGCGGACGCUGCAGAGGAAGUGGACCACGUUCCUGAAGGCGCGGCUGGUGUGCUCCGCGCCCGACUGGCAGCUCUACUUCAACCAGUUGCAGGCGCUGCAUACCCUGCAGGACGCCUCCUGGCACAACACCACCUUCUUCGGGGUUUUUCGGGCGCGGUGGGGCGACAUGGACCUGUCAGCAGUCUGUGAGUACCAGUUGGAAGAGAUCCAGAGGGUAUUCGAGGGGCCCUACAAGGAGUACCAUGAGCAAGCCCAAAAGUGGGGCCGCUACACCGACCCGGUACCCAGCCCGCGGCCCGGCUCGUGCAUCAACAACUGGCACCGACGCCAUGGCUAUACCAGUUCCCUGGAGCUGCCAGACAACACCCUCAACUUCAUCAAGAAGCACCCGCUGAUGGAGGAGCAGGUGGGGCCUCGGUGGGGCCGGCCCCUGCUGGUGAAGAAAGACGCCAACUUCACCCACCUGGUGGCCGACCGGGUCACGGGGCUUGAUGGAGCCACCUAUACAGUGCUGUUCAUCGGCACAGGAGAUGGCUGGCUGCUCAAGGCCGUGAGCCUGGGGCCCUGGGUCCACCUGAUUGAGGAGCUGCAGGUGUUUGACCAGGAGCCGGUGGAAAGCCUGGUCCUGUCCCGGAGCAAGAAGCUGCUCUUUGCGGGCUCCCGCUCCCAGCUGGUCCAGCUGCCCCUGGCCGACUGUGUGAAGUACCGCUCCUGCGCUGACUGCGUGCUUGCUCGGGACCCCUACUGCGCCUGGAGCGUCAACACCAGCCGCUGCACGGCCGUGGGCGGCCACUCCGGAUCCCUGCUGAUCCAGCACGUGACAGUCUCAGACACCUCAAGCAUUUGUAACUUCCGGGGCAGUAAGAAAGUCAGGCUCACGCCCAAAAACAUCACGGUGGUGGCAGGCACAGACCUGGUGCUGCCCUGCCGCCUCUCCUCCAACCUCGCCCACGCCCGCUGGACCUUCGGGGGCCGGGAGCUGCCUGCGGAGCAGCCCGGCUCCUUCCUCUACGACGCCCGGCUGCAGGCCCUGGUGGUGAUGGCCGCCCAGCCCCGCCACGCCGGGGCCUACCACUGCUUCUCGGAGGAGCAGGGGGCCCGGCUGGCUGCCGAAGGCUACCUGGUGGCAGUGGUGGCGGGCCCGUCGGUGACCCUGGAGGCCCGGGCCCCCCUGGAGAGCCUGGGGCUGGUGUGGCUGGCCGUCGUGGCCCUGGGGGCCGUGUGCCUGGUGCUGCUGCUGCUGGUUCUGUCCCUGCGCCGGCGGCUGCGGGAGGAGCUGGAGAAGGGCGCCAAGGCAGCCGAGAGGACCCUGGUGUACCCUCUGGAGCUGCCCAAGGAGCCCACCAGUCCCCCCUUCCGGCCCGGCCCCGAGACGGACGAGAAACUCUGGGACCCCGUGGGCUACUACUACUCGGACGGCUCCCUCAAGAUCGUUCCUGGACACGCCCGGUGCCAGCCCGGCGGCGGGCCCCCCUCGCCGCCUCCUGGCAUCCCCGGCCAGCCCCUGCCUUCUCCAACUCGGCUCCACCUGGGGGGUGGGCGGAACUCCAAUGCCAACGGAUACGUGCGCUUACAGCUGGGAGGGGAGGACCGGGGCAGCCUCGGGCACCCGCUGCCCGAGCUCGCCGACGAGCUGAGACGCAAACUGCAGCAGCGCCAGCAGCUGCCGGACUCCAACCCCGAGGAGUCCUCGGUGUGAGGGGACCCCUCCGGCGGGGCGGCGUGGGAGGCGCGGCUCCUACUUUUGCACAGGCACCAGCUACCUCAGGGACAUGGCACGGGCACCUGCUCUGCCCCGGACGGACCCUGCCCGGCACCGCCCGGCCAUGAGGACCUGCUCUGUCAGCACGGGCACUGCCACUUGGUGUGGCUCACCGGGGCACCAGCCUCACCACAGAGGGCACCUUCCUCCUCUGUGAGGGGCUGUGAAUCACAGAUGCACGGGACCCCAGCAGCCAAAACCUUUCAAGGCGGAAGUUGGAGAUGUGGGUGUGUUUGUGUAUAUACAUGUGUGUCUGUGGACGUGUGCACGUACGUGUGUGUGGGUGUGUGACAUAGUCUUCCUGUUUCUGUCGAGUCUUCCCUUGGCCUGGGGUCCUCCUGGUGGGUCACUGGAGCUCCGAAGGGGAAGGGGUUGUAUCACUUUGCCUCUCCUACCCCGCCUGUCCCCAGUGGGGGGCAGCCAUGUACAU